UAUAAAUCUAUAACACAAAACAUCAAAAGAAACACCAAAAUAUGAGAAAAAUAUUAGUAUUAUAUUUAAGAACAUUCUAAAUUUUAACAAAGGGUGAUCAUAUUGUAAAAUUAGAAGGAAAUAGUAAUUGUUAGCAAAUAUUGUUUAUUUACAACACAAAGCAUGUGAUUUCAAAUAAAUAUUACAUCAGACCUUCAGAUGUUCUGAUAUAUUUAGUACAAAUUGCAUCGUGUUUACACUUUUGACAAGAACAGUAAAAGUUAGAUAUGUAAUAUUUCUUUAAUUGUGGUUAAAAUAAAAUUAGUAUUUAAUUAAUUUUUCAUUAAUGUUAUUAUACACCAAGAACACUACAUAUACGAAACAUAUUGCCGCAAUUAAUCGGGUACAGUUUUGCAACAGACAUAAAUUUUGUGUGCCCGAAAUCAACUAUCAUGGACGAAGUGUUCUCUUUACAUACUGAGAAGUUUGACUUAUAUGAUGUACUUCUUUUGGCUGGUAUUCUUUCCGUUAUUAUAUUGCUAUCCAUUUAAAUAUACGAACAUGGAUAAUAACCUUGUUAAAUUUGUUUGGUAUAAAAACAUAUAGCAGCUGUGUUGUGAUAUUAAGACAAAGAUAUACUAAUUGAAAAUCAAAACAUGAUGCCGCUUACCUACAUAAAAUCGUUCUGGAUUUUUAUAAAUUUUAGACAAUAAACAAUUAAGUAUGUACACUAAAA